AUGACUGGUCUUUCAACGCGGCCGACGCGACGCGGAGCUCUCAUUGUCGUUGAGGGUCUCGACCGCGCUGGGAAAUCAAGUCAGUGUGAGAUGCUACGGGAUUUCAUUUCAAAGCGAGGAGAUGAGGUGAAAUACAUCCGAUUCCCAGACAGGACAACGGCCAUCGGCAAGUUGAUUGACAGCUAUCUGCGCGGCUCAUCGCACCAAGACGACCAUUCUAUACACCUCCUCUUCUCAGCAAACCGCUGGGAGGUCGCCAAGAGCAUUGAGGAAGAUAUCGCUAGCGGAACUACGGUCAUUGUAGACCGGUACUCGUAUUCCGGCGUCGUCUACUCUGCCGCGAAAGCGAACCCCACACUAUCGUUGGAGUGGGCAUGGCAACCUGAAAUCGGUCUACCGCGCCCGGAUAUCUGCCUGUUCCUCAGCAUUUCCCCCGAAGAAGCAGCAAAGCGUGGUGGAUUUGGCGCCGAGCGAUAUGAAAAUGAGACGAUGCAAAGCCGAGUGCGGGAGCUUUUCCGGACGAUCUUCGAGAAGCAGCAGGAUGUCUCUAUUAUCGAUGCGGGGAAAAGCAUCGAGGAGGUGGCACAGGGGAUACAGGGUGCCGUGUCUGAUUGCAUUGCGCGGCUGGACGCAACGACCCCAUUGAGAAAAUUGGAACCACUUGCGAAUUAG